AUGUCGCAUAAUGGAAGCUACCCCACGACCUCUUCUUUUCGACGCGUUGUUGGUCUUUGCAAUAGACCCCUCUCAAAAAAAGACGCAUAUCUUCCUGAUGACCCUCGACUGGACAUUGUUUCGGGAAUCGAUCUUAUGCAAUCAGUGUCAUCGGUCACCGAUCAACUGAAGGCCAAGGUUCAUGAUGUGGAGUCAGUUGAGGUUGUCUUUUUCUGUGCUUACAUCGAGGCUCAUGAUUUCGAAUCAAGGAGGGAAGUCAAUACCAGGCUCCUUCGCACAGCUAUUGAAGCAAUCAGUGGCAUUGCUCCAAAUCUAGAAUCGGUUAUCUUACAAACCGGUGGGAAAGGGUACGGACUGGAAUUCUCAAAUGAGCUCAAGAUCUCUCCCCCACUUCACGAAUCCAUGCCCCGGAUUCCGGAGCCCUGGAGGAGCAAAGUCUUCUAUUACGAGCAGUAUGAUACUCUGUCUGAGCUGUCAAAGGGCAAAAAGUGGUCAUUCUCAGAGAUUCGUCCGGAUGGAAUUAUCGGCUUUGUCCCCGGUACCAAUGUAAUGAACCUAGCCCAAGGUAUCGCGUUGUACCUGACACUAUACCGCGUUGUACCUGACACUAUACCGCGAAGUCCAUGGUCAGGCAGCAGAGGUGCCCUUCCCCGGGAUGCUGCACGGCUACCGUUCCACGCAUAG